AAUGUCAAAUCAUCCAUAAGCUGCUUAAUAACCAUAAUAACCAUAAUAAGUUCCAGCUCCUUAAACAAGACCUACUGCUCCUGUUUAUCCCAAUACUUAUUUACCACCUACUUAUUAUCCAGCUUCUCCAAUUAGAUAGUCUUAUGUGGCUCCAGUUGCUCCUAUUUAAUAUGCACCAGUGGCCUAAGUGCCUGUUGCUCCAAUUACAUCUGUUCCUGUUUAAUAAAUAGCCCCUGUCCCAGUUUAACCUAUAGCAGUUGCCCCAGUAGCUUAAGUAAAUUUGAAUUGAAUUUUAGCACCAAACCAUAAAAGGUGAAUCCAGAAUUGAAUAUAUUCCAUAUUAAAAAGCUGUUGUUGAAUAUGAAGAAUAAGAAAUUGUGUCUUAUGUUCCAAGAGAAACAAAAGUCACAGAUUAUUAUGCUGUUGAAUAUUAAACAGAAUAUAUCCCAUAAGUAUUCUAAGAAAAAUACACAGGUAAUAAUAAAAAAUUAUUAUUUAGAAUACGUACCAGUUGAUAGAUAUCAAGAGAGAGUGGAAUAUUAUCCAGUUGAAAGACAGGUAGUUCAUUAACAACCAACAUAAGCUGUUUCAGUUGUCUAAUAACCAGUCAUCUAAUAAUCAGUUUAAUACGUUCAAUAACCAGUUUAAUAUGUUUAAUAACCAGUUUAAUAUGUUUAACAACCAUUGAUUGCAUCUAGAGUUGUUCCUUAAUUUGUAUAACCAUAAUUUGCUGUUCCUCCAGUCACAAGGCCAUCUUAACCAUAAUAAUAAUAAUCCCAUUAGCCAUAAUAAGUUCAAUCUUAAUAACCAAGGUCAUAGGCAGUCCAAUAAUAGUAAUCACAAUAACCAUGAA